AGAGCUGCAGAGCUGGGAAACUUUCAGAGUUAGAAGAAGUUUCAGGAAAACUACAUUGGUAAUCAGAUCUUCCCUCUAAUACACAGAGUGGGCUGAGUCACCUCCUGAGCAUUGGCUACAAACAAUUAACAAAGAAUGGCUUUAGCAAGAAAAGCCAGCCGUCCAGUGUACGAUAUAUUUGGUGAUUUCAGUGAUAUUUCCUUAGACGAUUCAAAGAUGGAAGAAAUCAGAAACUUGAAAAUUGAUAGAAGUCUUACCAAAAUAGCACCUGGCCAUGGUAGAUUUCUAAAAAGAAACCAAAAUAUGGAUGAAAAACACUUACUCCUGAAUGAGAACACUCUCUUGGGAAGUGGGCCCAGGCUUGCCUCAGGUAGACCCCCAACCACUGCCUCGAAGGUCAGAGCAAAUGCUGCGCUCAUGAAGCUAGCUCAGAUAGAAACUAAAAUCAUGAGUCGGAAGGUACAGAUUAAUUUGUCUGACACUGACUCUGACUCGAAGACCACUGAUGCCAGUCUUCUAAAGAUAGCAGAUGAAAUGCCCCCAAAGAGAACAGUUGAACUUUCUUCACAGAAUAUAGGAAAAACUUCCCAGAAACAAGCCAGUGAACUUCCUGUGGCCAAGAGUAAUGCACAGAAUUUGAAGAUUAGUAGGUUUCUAAAGAAAAAAAACCCACCUGUUGAAAAUAAAUUCCCUGAAGUACCUGUUGGGAAAGAGAGGACACCUGAAACACCCAAACACAAAGAGCCUUCUAGAAAAUUUGAUUUUCCAGACAGUGAUGAAGAGGAUAUGAAAACAUUGCUGGGAAGCUUGAUGGAAUCUUCUAGACCUGAAAAAACAGCUAUAAAUCAAGGCUUCACCAGCACUCAAGUAAGCAAGAAAGAACAAAUAAAACUAUCCUCAAUCCUGACUCAACCAAGAGGCUGUUCUCUACCUGGUACGGAACUUUCCAGCUCAAAACCUUCUCGGACGUGCCUACCAACCUCAUGGGCCCCAGAUGGCACCCUUUUCAGCGUUCGCCCAAGAUCUUGCUCCCCGGAGACCUGCGUUUUCAGUGACACAGCCUCCCCCACGCUGUCACUUUCUGCCACUGGUGCCUUUUCAAAAUCAGUGUCUUCAAAGAUGGAAAAUGUUAAGCUUGUGUCCUCCCUUGGAAGGAGUGAGGCUAGGUCUCAGAAUGAGUCCAUUUCAGAAGGUGGUGAUGACAGCCUGAACGAGUUUAGAGGAAAUAUUUUAUCCCUCGAUGAUCUGUCCCCAGCUGUCAAUGAGAACUCAGACUUGGAACAGGAGAAAGAAAGUGAUCAGAGGGAAAACCUGUCCAGCAAAAGCUUAAGAGCCAAGGCAUCUGCCAGGCAGAACACACCAAGACAUGCUGAGGUGAGGAGCCUGGCAUCUCAGGGAAAGCCUACCUCUGCAGAUGGGGACAAAGGUCUCCCCACCGAAAGUGACAUCUCAGAGCACUUCAGUGCUGGUUCAGCCUCCAUUGCCUGGCAGGACAGCACUUCCAGCAUGAACUUAGCGUUUGACGCAUCCACAGUGAGCACAGUGAACUCAGCUUAUUCUGAAGAUUUUGAAAACUCUCCAAGUCUGACAACAUCUGAGCCAACGGCCCAUUCCAAGGACAGAACACUGGACUCUUUGUCUGAGUGCUCUUCAAGUCUGAAGACAGAUCUUGUCCUAAAAACACCCAAGUCUCAGAAAAAGUGGGGCAGGAGUAUGACAAGAGUCCUUGUGAAGGAAACAGCUGUGCAGACUCUGGAUUCAGGCUUUGCCUACCAGUGGACCAAGGCAUCCAGUGUGGCAACUAUUGGGCCUGCCAUGGGAAGUGCCUAUGUGGACCCGAUACCCAUUGCCAAUCAUGUCAUCAGUGCAGAUGCAAUAGAAGCCCUGACAGCCUAUAGUCCGGCCAUGCUGGCACUGAAUGAUAUGCUGAAGCAGCAGCUAAGCCUGACGCAGCAAUUCAUCGAGACCAGCCGUCACCUGCACAUGUCACUCCUGCAGUCCUUGGAUGGGGAUUCAUUCCACUAUCACACUCUGGAGGAAGCCAAAGAGUAUAUUAGGCGCCACAGGCCUAGUCCACUGACCAUGGAGGAUGCCUUGAAGGAGGUGAAGGAGGAGCUAUGAGUGCCAGCAGCAAAGCACCAAAGGGUUCCAGCACCUCCAGUGGUUCAGUUAAGACAGAAAUCUUACGGUGGGAU